AUGAAGUUCUCGACCAUCCUCGCCGUUGCCGUCGCGUCGGCCGCUGCCGGCCCGUGCGAUAUCGCCGUCUUGACGGAGAAGUUUGCGCCCGUGCUCACAUCGUCGAGCUACCCGCUCUGCUCGGCCGACACGGGUUACCAGCUCGCUAGCCUCCUCACGGGCCCGCUCCCGACCUCAACGCAGGCGGCGGCGCUCGUCAAGAGCGACAACUGCCAGACGCUCUACACCGGCCCGCUCCAGAAGGUUGCCGGCAGCGUUACCCCGUCGUGCACCCUCGGUGGCGUCGAGCUCAGCGUGAUUGCCGUGACGCCCAUGGACAAGGCGCUCGCUGCCUUGGCGGCUGCGGCGGCGCCGGCGGCUGCAAUCCCGGUCUGUGACCCGGCUGUACUCACGGAGAAGUUUGCCCCGGUCCUCGCGUCGCCCAGCUACCCGCUCUGCUCGACCGACACGGGCUACCAGCUUGCCAGCUUGAUCACGGGCCCGCUCCCGACCUCGACGCAGGCGGCGGCUCUUGUCAAGAGCGACAACUGCCAGACGCUUUACACUGGCACGCUCCAGAAGGUCGCUGGCAGCGUCACGCCCACGUGCACGCUCGGUGGUGUCCCGCUCAGCACGCUCGCCACGACGCCCAUGGACAAGGCACUUGCUGCUUUGGCGGCUGCCGCGGCGACUCCUGCUGCGGGCAACAACAGCACGUCGACGGCCACUCCCGCCGCUACGACGGCUGCUGCUGCUGGCUCCAAGGCGGCGGCUGCGACGACGGUCCCUGCGGCUACGAAGGCAUCUGGUGCGGCUUCGGCUGGUAUUGCUAUGGCCGCCAUCGCCUUGACGGCUGCUGCAGCGCUUCAGUAAGUGCAGCGUCCUUCCCUAUAUUACGAUUCUGAACUCGAAACUUGAGUAAGAAUACAACAUGA